UUUUGUGUUUUCCUACCAUUGCUUUCCUGUGCAGUUAUUCCCUGUCAGCCACCUCCUGCCAUUGAGAACGGACAGUUCAGUGGUGUGCACACAGAUUACACCUUUGGGGUAGCUGUAACCUACAGCUGCAAAAAUGGGUUUUCUCUCAUCGGAAACGCCACAAUUCACUGUACAUCAGAUGACAACCUCAAUGGGAUAUGGAGUGGUCCAGCCCCGGAAUGCAAAGUGGUGAGAUGUGAAAAGCCAGAAGUGGAAAAUGGGAAGAAUUUAAAUAGCUUUGCCAGUGAGUACACGUAUGGGGAACAAGUGAGCUUUGAGUGUGCUCCUGGGCACGCUUUGAGCGGCGCUCAGACGGUUACCUGUGAUGCAGACAGUGCCUGGAAGCCACCUCUGCCAACGUGUGACCCACGAUACUGUGGCCCUCCUCCCAGCAUCCCUUCUGCUGAGUUAACAGGGGCUGCAAGCAGCAGCUCCUUGGCUGGAACAAAGCUGACGUACCAGUGUCAGCCAGGUUUCAUCACAGAGAAUGGGAAGUCACUGGAAGUCACCUGUCUGCUGGACACGACCUGGUCUGCAGGCUCUGCACUGUGCACACGUCAGCAAUGCGCUGCUCCCACAAUACAGAACGGGGUUGUGAAUGGGGACAGUUUCCUAUUUGGGGCAACUGUGACCUUCUCCUGCAACGCUGAGUACGAAUUAAAGGGAUCAUCUUCUGCCAAUUGCGUGGCAAUGGGAGAUGGAGUUAAAUGGAACGUGGAUCUCCCAUCCUGUGAAAGACGGAGCUCUGAUAUUCUCUGUGAACAGCCCCCCAGCAUCGGCAAUGGGGUUCACAAUGGCACAGAAGUCACAGCCUUCCUCCAGGGCUCCAUUGUGGUUUAUUCCUGCAAUGAUGGCUUCAUCCUGGCUGGAGGCAGCACCAUUCAGUGCCUAGCAAAGGCUCAGGACCGUGGAGUCUGGAGCACACCCACUCCUGAGUGCAGAGAUGGAGCGAGCAGCAUCAUUGUUGGAGUCCUGCCCCUCCUCCUGGCGAUGCUGGUGAUGAACUUCUAGAUCAGGGCACGGCUGCAGCAGGCAGAUGGUGGGAUGUGGUUGUGCCCUGCGUUGCCUUCUGGAGAAAUCAGCCCUGCAAUAGCGACUGGCAGACCUGUGAUGGAUAAAGAUGAUGUUGAGCCCUAGAGCCCCCAGACAAGCAGUUGCACUUUUUAGCUGGUGUUGUGCUGAGCCAGUGGCUCAGACGUGUGUGUGGUUAUUGCUAUGGGAAGUGGCAGUGAUGCCAAAGGUUUUUGAACUGCACUGCUGUGGACUCGAGGAAAUCAGGCACUUUGGGUACUUCCGUAUUCUGAUUUUCAGCCACACUGACAUAAUGCUGAGCCUCAUCUCCAUUAGGGCUCACAGCUGUCUGAAGUGUCCUGAUGUGUGACUGUCUCUGUAUGAAUGGUUCGUACUUGAAAAGAUCGUGUGAGCCGAAUACUGUGACACUGAAAGUACUGACAAUGUUUGCAUAGAAGCACACUGUAGCAUUUUCUUCAAGGCCAGUCUGGACAAAACAAGCCUUAUAGGCGGGUAAUUUUACUGGAGAGAAUUUAAAUAUAAACAUCUUGUGACAAA